GACGUACACAAGUAAGUUAGUAGUUAAAGUACAAGUACCCCAAAAUGAAUUAUAAAGUACUUGGUUACCUUCCACCACUGGCAGAUAAUCCCUUUGUUACUUGAGGGUUUGAGACAAAAAAAAACAUCCACAUUUACAUGUGGGGGCAAGUUGCUAAUGAUGAAAAUGGUUAGCACACAAUCAAGCAUUAUGUGGCGCUAUUUUCACACUUCCCUUUACUGCACCACCAACAUCGCACAGUGUUUGAGAGGCGGACAGUUAAGAAAACAACAGACACCAACUACCACCUCCUUUGAUACUACCACGGGACAAAAUGUGGCUUCGUGAGGAGCUUCUGAAAUCCAUAUGGCACGCAUUCACGGCCCUGGACGUGGACCAACGUGGAAAAGUUUCCAAGUCUCAGUUAAAGGUGCUGUCUCACAGCCUGUGCACCGUGAUGAAGGUCCCUCAUGACCCUGUGGCCCUUGAAGAGCAUUUCAAAGAUGAUGAUAAAGGGCCUCUGUCCAACCAGGGCUACAUGCCCUACCUCAACAAGUUUAUUCUUGACAAGGUACGAGAGGAUUUUGAUGUACUGGAGUUCAACAAGAUGUGCUGGACACUGUGUUACAAGAUGAAAAUCUGCACUAAAAAUCUACUCAUCUUAGACAAUGAUUGUUUCAAAGUGUGGUGCAUUUUCAACUUUCUGUCAGAGGACACGUACCCACUAGUCAUCAUCACUGAAGAGAUCGAGUACUUUCUGCAAAAGCUGAUAGAGGCCAUGGGGAGUGGAUGGAGUGAGGAGAAGUUUACAGAUUACAAGCUCCAGCUGAACACGAAGAAGGACUGCCUGACUGCCUGGGAGCUGAUUGAACUGGUGGGGAUGGGUUACUUCAGCAAGGGCAUGAACCGCCAGACCCUGUCCAUGGGCAUCAAUGAGGUCUUCCAGGAACUCAUACUGGAUGUGCUCAAGCAGGGCUACGUGAUGAAAAAGGGCCAUAUGAGGAAGAAUUGGACCGAGCGCUGGUUUGUGCUUCAACCCACAUCACUGUCGUACUACAUGUGUGAGGAUCUUGUGGAGAAGAAAGGAGUUAUCAUGCUGGACCGAAACUGUUGUGUGGAGUCUUUGCCAGAUAAAGAAGGAAAGAAAUGCCUGUUUAUUAUCAAGUGCACUGACAAAAGCUUUGAGAUCAGCGCGUCAGAUAAAAAGAAGAAGCAGGAAUGGAUUCAAGCUAUUCAAAAUUGCAUCCAGCUGCUGAGGUUGGGGCUGCCCUCUCCUCACCGUGAGGCCCGGCUGAGGCGCAGGGAGCUCCGGCAGAGGCAGCACACGGAGGAGGGGGACCUGGCGGAGAAGAUGAAGCAGCUCCAGGUGGCCAAUGAGAACAAACAGAGGCAGCUGGAGGAUAUGAGGAAGAAAAUGGAAGAGGCCGCGGCUAAAGCAGCGAUAGAGGAAGACAGGAAGAAGAAGACUCAGUUAGACUUGCAGGAUCGCUACAGAUUGGACCUGGAGAGAGAGAAAAUGGUGCGUCAGCAGAUGGAGGAGCAGGUGGCUCAGAAGUCCAGUGAACUGGAGCAGUACCUGCAGCGCGUCCGGGAGCUGGAGGACAUGUACCACCGGCUGGAGGAGGCCUUAGAGGACGAGAGGCAGGCCAAGCAGGAUGAAGAGGCCAUGCGCAAGCUGCAGGCCAGGCUGCUGGAGGAGGAGGCAAUGAAAAGGACAGAGCUGGAGCAGAUCCACCUGCAGCAGCAGAGGGCGCUGUCUCAGACUCAGGCUGAGAAGCAGGAGCUGGUGGAGGAGCAGCUGGCCAAGGAGAGAGACCUGCAGGCAGCCAUGAAGCAGCUGGAGACACUGGAGAACGAACGGAAGGGAGCGCUGGAGCAGUACGAGGAGGUGUCGAGGAAACUUGAGCGAGCAGCUAACAAGACUAAGACUUGGAAAGACAAGGUGGCCAAACAUGAGGGGCUAGUGCGUCUCAUCCAGCCAGGCCAUAAAGGACCUCAGAGGAUCACUAACUGGGGUCCAGCUUCAUUUACUGACGCCGAGCUGGAGAUGAGAAAGAAGUGCUGGCAGGAGAGUAAAAACCAGGGGGCUCAGGCUCAGUGAACGCUCAUCAUGUUUCCAUGGACCACACACUGAUGAGGAAGACUCUGACCAUAAUUAACUGUUGAGCCAAUGUUUUCACAUUCCAGGUCUGAGAGGGUUUUAUAACAUGAAUUUAUUGAGCCACACGAUAGCUGCAAAAAAACAAAACUAUGUUACAGAUUUCAUUAGUCACAUUUUGCCUUUACAUGUACAUCUUGGAUUAACUGCAUCUUAUCUUUUUCAUCUUCAUUCAUGUUCUUAUUCAGUUUUUGUUUUGUCUUGCAGUCGGUAAUUUCAUCCUUUCUUAGCUCUCAUGUGCUGACUAUAUUUAAUUUCAUAACUUUGCGGUUGUUUUGCAUAUUUGUGUUUUGACAUGAACCUGCUGUGAUGUAAACUAGGGAAAAUAACUGAUAUCCUGCUAAUUAUAAUUAAUACACUGGCUUCAUUUCCUGAUAAAAAACUUUUGUUAGCUAGAGUUGAGUGAAGGCUGUUUGUCAGUCAUAACUAACAUG